UAAGUGGAGGUCGUGUUAACUGUGUUCAGAUACUUAAAAAGAGAAAUGCUACACAUUUUCUUUUUCAUGACUGAUUUCAAACAAUUUUCUCACACAAUUUGUUUGAGAAAUAAACUCUCCCUUUAUAUUUCACUUACUUGUAUGUGAAGUCCAGUGUUUGUGUAGUUUCUUGGUAUAGAAUUUGAGUUCUGUGGUUGUGCAAGGAUUUGUACCGGGUCUUGACUACUUCGUUGCUUUAUUUUACGUUUAUGUAUUUCGAAGGGACAUGCACGGUGGCUGUUUUGUGAUGUGUUCCCGGUAAAGGUAUGCCCCAUUAGUCACAGGGGUAUGACGUAGGCGCAGACAUACUUUCUUGUUGCGGUGUUGGUGUGAACCGUGACGAUGGGAUCUGCGGGCGUGUCGGACGAGUACUCGCCGCCGCGGCUCUCUCGGCUGCUGCACGCGCUACCCCACGUCAACGUCACGCUGCACCGCGUCAAUGAUACCUUCGCCCCCAACUCGCCGAUAUACCUCGAAAGUCUGGGCAUCCUUGGCUCGAUUCCCGGUGCUUGGCUCAUCCUGACUCUGACGGUGCUGCUCAUAUAUCUGCUGACGAGAUGCUGCGACAGGAAGCAACGCCCGCCCAGGAGUAUCACUGCACUCAAGAUAACUCUGAUGAUCCUGUCCGUGGUGUGUUGCGGUGCGAUUGGCGUGGGUUUGUUCGGCAACGACGACUUGCACAACGCGGUGCUGCAGAGCAUACAGGCCGGCAACCAGCUCGCAGGCCUCGUUAACACUGUUAAGAAUCAGUCAAGUAUCCUGGAGGAGGCGAUGGGGUCGCGCGCGCGCGCCCCGCUGGCGCGGCUGGCGGACGCGCUGGACGCGCCGGUGGCCAACCAGACCGCGCUGGGCACGCUGCUGCGCGCGCUCUCCGCGCUGCGCAACAACGCCAGCGCGGCCGCCUCCGCCGCAGACAACCUGCGCCGCCCGCUCGCCGCUCUCAACUUAGACGCUGUUAUGAAGCGCGCGUGGGUGUGGGAGGCGGCGCGCUGGGCGGGCGGCAUGGCGGGCUGGUGCUGCGGCGGCGCCGUGUGCGUGGCGCUGCUGGCCGCCGCCGCGCGCCGCUCGCGCCGCGCCCUGCUGCUGCUCUGUGUGUGUGCGCUGGGCGCGCUGGUGGCGUGCUGGGCGGCGGGCGCGCUGCUGGCGGCGGGCGCGGUGGCGGCGGCCGACGCCUGCCAGGAGCCGGCGCGCGCCGUCGCGCACUACGCGCCGCACCAUCUGCCUGUUGAUAUGGUGUACUACUACCUGUCGUGCAAGGUGUCUCGUGAGAACGUGCUGACGGCGGAGCUGCGCAACGCCCAGCGCGCGGUGGUGGCGGUGCGCCAGGCGCUGGCCGUGCUGGCCCGCGGCGCGCCGCAGAUGUUCACUGACCCAGUGCUGCAGCCGGCGCUGGGCGCGCUGGGCGCGGGCACGGGCGAGGCGGAGCGCGCGCUGGUGUCGCUGAGCGGCGCGCUGGAGUGCCGCACGGCGCGCGCUUACUUCGUGGCGGCUGCUCGCGCCGCUUGCGACGGCGGACUGCAGGCGCUGUCUCUGCAGCUGUUGGCGGCGAUCGCGGCAGGCUUUCUAUUUACUGCUAUAGUUCUGGUCGACUCUCACGCUUGGAUCUACAUCAACACCAAACGCAGCGGCGGCGGCGAGGAGCAGGCGCCCUUCCUGUCGAGCGGCAGCAGCGCCGGCUCGCGCUCGCUGCCGCGCCCCGCGCCCUUCCCCAACGGCAAGCCGCCCUCCUACAGCGCCGCCGUGCAGCUCAUGGACCUCGCGGACAGGGAGCGGCCGAGUGCGGAGGUGGCGUGCGCGCGGCGGUCGCGCAUGUCGGGCAGCGCGACGCUGGGGCGCGCGAGCGGCGGCGGGCUGGGCGGUCUGGGCGGACUGGGCGCCCUGGGCGGCGCGGGCGGCUCGCACACGCUGGGCCGCGCGCCCCACAACGGCAAGUACGCCACGCUCAGCAAGCAGUGCAAGACGCUGGAGAGCAGCGACUUCUACUGAGAACGGCCCGGCGGCGGCGCGCACCCCGAGCCCGGCGCCGGUCAGUCCGGGCGUGCGGUGAGCUUGAAUCGUUUCGACCCGAAGUACGCUUCUUUCGGGCCGCGAGCGCCGCGCCCGCGCCCCGCCGCCCCCGCGCCCCCGCUGGCCACCUUCACCGCCGCCCCCGCCCCCGCCCCCGCCGGGCACGCCCCCGAGCGCCCAGAGCGCGCCGCCCCCGACAAGUACGCGACGGUGCGUCCCGCGCGCCGCACCGAGCCGCAGCCGCUGUCGGCCGCCGCACUCGAGUACCGCAGCCUGCAGCGCCCGCGCCGCGCGCCGCCCGCCGCCGCCGCACACCGCCGCCGCAACGACCGCAACGACCGACACGUGCACGAGCCGCGCGACCAACGCGACCUCUACGCGGUCACUGAAUUGUAAACCUUGUGCUCUUGCUAUAAAGUGACUUUUGCAUUGAUUUUUCGACCUCCAGUGUAACGAACUUUAAAAAUAUUUCUACGACGCUUUGCGACAGACAACACCAGUGCAGCUACGGAAUUGUGAACCUUAUGCGUAAACGAAUAAUGUUGACUUUGAAAUACGACGCUAUCGACCCCCAGUGUAAUCUACUCUCUUAAAUUAAGACUAUUGUGUGAGUGAUAUAGCUAUGGAUAUUAUCUAAAUCGGUAUAGAAAUGGACCGUACUUUGUUGAAAUAGAUAAUUUAUUUCGAUUUAAAUCUACACGACUUAUGAGUUGAUUUUCGACUUUAUUACAAAUGUAUAAAGUCGAAAAUUGAAAAUGGAAAUACAUCGAAUUACGCGACCAUUACUAUUCAUAAAAUGCAUCACUUUUACUGUUUCAUUGAUUAAAAAUUAAAGACUAAUACAGCAAUAUAGUUAAGAUUUUUCAAUGGAAUAUGUAGUCACAUAAACAAUUUGAAUAGUGUUAUUUGUCAACUCUAUUGUAAGGGAAUAGAGUCCUAUUUAGAUUGUAACGUGUAAUAUAUAGUGAAAGCGAAUUUUGAAUAUCUACGCAUGCAAUAGCAUAAAUAUAAUAUGACGAUUUAAAUGUACUGUAUAAUAAAAUGCAUUUAGUUAGAUUUUUCUUUGAGUUGACGUCUUUAUUGAAGUGAUAGUGAAAUUUUAUUUAAGUGGUAAUUGAUUAUUAUGAGUAAUAGUAAAAUAAACUGAAUUAACCGAAUAGUAACUUUUGAAUUAUAAAUUAGACGGGACAUAUCGAGAAAUAAAAACUUUUAUCAAACGUUUAUGUUAACCUCAGUGUUACAUUGUCAAAAGAUCUGUUCAAAAAGGUAUUUCGCAGUGUAAACUGACUGUUAUUUUACUAAAGGUUGCCAUAGAAGGUGUAAAUUAUUAAUUUGUUAGUACAAACGUGUCAAAAUAAUUUGGAAAUGCAUGGAGUUUUGUAAUCUUAACUGAUUGCUCAAAAGUUUAAAAUGGUCUAAAUGAUAUUACUAGAAUCAUUUUUUAAUCAAAAUUUUUGUAAGUCAUUUUAUAUAUUUUAAUGGCCUAUAUUUCGAAUAAAUUUCUCAUCAUUCGGUAGACAAUUUUUUAUCUAAGAAGUACUAGAAUAUCGAUUUAGUAAUUAAGAAUCGAUAUCGAUAAAUUGAUACCGAUUUUUCUGCAGAAACUCUUAAAAUGUAUUGCUAUCUCUUUCUAUACAAUGAGGAUAAAAGAGAUAGUCAUAUGUUUUCUACAGAUGUGAGUUAUCUCAAAAGACAAGUGUAUAGAUUAUUAACAAUUUUGUAUUACUCCUUUUCCUAUAAUGUCCAUACAAAUGGCUGUGUAAACAUCGCAACUGACCAAUCAUACAAUAACUUUGCUAUUAUUUGUAUUUAUUGAUUUGAUAUCGAUUUAAAGUCGAUUCGAUAUCGAUUACAUCUCGAUACCGACAGGUCUCAGUAAUUUUCGAAUAUCUUAGCUCAAUAUAGGAUUAAGUUGAUGCGUUAUAAAUAACUGUUAUUGUUAACGGUUAAUAACGCUAUUAACGUGAAUGCCAAAGUAGAUUGGUUCAUUUGUACGUCGUGUUGUCGAAUGCUACAAGCUAAUCUCGACCUUAUCGCCUCGCGAUAUUUGUACUGAAGUACGUACGGUCUACGGUAUGUCAUUAAGUCUUUUUGUAUAAAAUAUUUAAUGUCUUGAAUACAAUUGUAUUUAUUUUAACUAAGCUCGGUUUUCGUGUGAUGUAAUAUUUGUUAAGGGUAUUUAAAUUUGUAUAGUUAUUGUGUAGUGGGGGACGUUUCGUGGAUUCGGAAUCUCCUAUCGAAUUAGUGCUUUGGGAAUAUCUACCUUAUUGUAUGAUAUAUACUGCUCAAAAUGGAAGUGUAGGGAGCGGACCUAAUUGUAUAUAUUCAGUACAUUUUAUUGCAUUUUAGUAUCUAGGAUAACUAUCCAUUUAUAUAACUGUAUAGGUAAAUAUUUAAUCAUUCCAAUGAGUGUAGAAUUGGUGACGAUUAUAAAAAAAGAUUCUAUCACAUUGUGAUAAGGUGCAAAUUUGAAACUGCCACUAUGGAAGAAAUUGACGUUUUUAGUGUUUAGUUUGAAAAAAUAAUGACAAAGUACUGUUUUCGCUGUUACUCCACAAAUGUAUUUGAUAAUAGACAUGAGAAUAAUCGUGAAUAUGAAGCCUAAUAGAUAAUUUAAAAAGUCUAAUUUACUUAAAAUAAAAUAAUGAUAUCUCAGUAACUGCAUUUUUAAAUUUUA